AUGGCUGAAGAGGUCUUCAAGCCACAGCUCACGCCCGUGGGCGAAAAGUCACUGCCGGCAAAAUGCAAGGCAAGCACGCUGACCUACUGUCCCACGAUGGACCUGAUCGCCCUAGUCACAGAGGAUGAAGAGUUACGCGUUUUCCGGCUGAACGGGCAGAAGGUCUUCGGGGGGUCAUUCAAGGGAGAUCCGUACCUGGGCGAGGACGAAGCAGACGGGGAGAUCCGAGCGGUGAGGUGGAAGGAUAAUGGAAAUUUACUGGCGGUUGCUUGCGCAGAUGACACCGUCCGGUUGAUCAGCGCGUACAGUGGUAAAACGGUGCACCAUUACCCUGCGGAUCAGCCGGGCGCUCACGCUCAGCCCGUCAGCAUCACCUGUCUGGGCUGGGGCGUCAACUUUACAGAUAGUAAAGCUGCGCAGCGCCAUCUGCAGGAGGCUGCGGGGCAGCUCACCGUCUCGGAUCUGCUGUCGCCAGAUACCCAGCCGUCCAAGGCGGCGGCGCUGCUCAAGGCUGAUUUGCCGCGGGAGUUGGCAUUGCUGGAUAUCGAGAGCUCCUUGCCGAAAUUGAGUACGUUGCCUGCGACGGGAAGCGACUCUCGAGCGUCAAUCGAUGCGAUUUUCCACUCGUCCUCGAAAAACAGUAAUGAUGCGGUUGAUGUGCUGCUGGUUGGGUUUGAUGAUGGGACUGUCCAUCUGCGUAUCUUUGACUGCUUCGAAAUUGGCUCGUUUAAGAUCGGGAUAUCGGACGGCGGUUCGUCUGCUUGCAGAAUACUCCAGCAUGCGUCGCAUCCAUUGAGCUCAACGCAUGCGUUGCUGGCGUCCGCGUCGACUCCUGGCUCUUCUGGUGGACUGCAUCUACUCACUAUUGAUCUUCGCUUUAUCACUAGAUCGGGUCGGUAUCUGUCGCUUCUGGCCUACAAAACCACCCAGUUACAGAAUUUGCUCCGUUAUAUCGGCCAGGUCCAGAGGCAGAUUGAGCUUGAGUGGAAGAAUGCGCAGGAGUUGCCUGCACGAUACAUGCGCAGUAUCAAUGAGGAUCUGAAGGAUAAAUGCCAUUGUGACUUUGUCACGGCCGCUUACCAUCUGGUGGUGACGGGCGAUUGCUUCGAGCCACUGAAGGAAUUUCUGGUAGAUAUUGUCGGCGAAAGGGGACAUAAACGUUGGGAAAAGGCUGUCUCAAGCGGCUAUGAGAAUGUCCGACGCCUGACGCACGAGUGUCUACUGCCCGCACUUGAGCGAUGCGAAGUGCUGCUUAGUCGACUUAUCGGCCUAUCUCGAUUCCAGAAACUCAGCGAAGUGCUGGGCUUAGAAACCAACGACCUCAAUGCGAGUGUCGAGACGCUUGAUUGUCUUCAUCUCCUUUGUCACCAGAUCCUUAUCAAUGCUAACGAGGAACUGGCUCAGUUCAUCGCCUUCUCCCAGUGGCUUCGACAUGAAAUUGAUAUGCAGACUGCGGAGCCCAUGUCACAAACUCUGGAUGAACUUAUGGAGAAGACAGACAUGAUAGAUUAUCCACAGACUCUGAAAUACAUUAGAGGCGCGCUAACCAAGAGCACACUCCAGCACUUUAUCCAGCAGCUUCCCAUGAUGGGAGUGCCUGUUGCUAAGCCUUCUGCUACAUCAGACAAGUGGACGGCUGCAGAUGACCGGCCCUUUUACGACACAUUCAAAAAGCUUCUUGAACAGCUGAAUCAGGGCCAAAACAAUGCGAACCCUCCGGAGCUUCCCAAGAUGAAUGACUUGACAAAGCGCUUAGGACUACAGUUUGAAAAGGUCUUUCGGCAAAUAGCGAUAACACAACGCAGAGGCAUCUUGCACCGUUCACCUCUUGCUCUUCAUCCGGAUGCCGAUCAGGAGGUUAUUGAUAUCACAAUGUGCUCCGAGAAUAGUGAAGAUGGGACGGUUAGUGUUAUCUAUAUCGCCGUGAGAUCAAUCAAGUCACAUCAUCUACUCUACAUCUACCGUGUUGUGUCAGACUCCGAGAAUGGAGUCAGUUCUACCCGGCAAAUCUGCAUAGGAGCACUGAAUCUGCAGGAAGGAGAAAUUCGCCAGAUUCAAUUCGUGCAGGACGAUACCAUGAUGCUCCUUUGGUCGAAUGACAAAGGAUCUGCCUAUCUGCUGAACAUCCCGUUUCAGCCCGCAUCCACGUUCGAUAACGAAGGAGCCUUCAGCUCGCCAUCUCCUUUCUUCAUCACCUACAGCGACAAGCUGCUUGACUCUACCUCACCUCAACCCACAAUAGAUGCUACGACACUGGACUUGUUAUCGCCGCAUUCCACGCACGCGAGCCUCAUCAAGCAUGCCUUUUCUCCGUCCGGUCAGAAGGCCAGACCCUUGCGGUUCGACGUCAAUGGACGAAAAGGUCGCCGGGCGAUCUGCGUCUUGUACGGCGAUGGGUUGCGGUAUGAAGUCCUGGACAUGGAUGCUGAAAUGGCUGAUGAGGAUGAGGACAGUGAAUAG